AUGCUGAGAUCUCGCAAUGGUGUAGACUGUGCUAGGCUCGCGAAACUGGCCUUUAGGAGCCAAGUUCCGCGCGGAAUGGCCACUUUUCAAGGUGAACCUCUGAAAAGAUCUCAUCCUUUAAGAAGCUUUGUAAUUCGCGCUACAUUGGCAAUUACAGGUUUUUACGCUGGUGGUGUGGCUCUGUCGGUUUACAAUGACCAAUUCGGCGAGUUGUUUUGCGAUAAUGUGCCGUUGGCCGAAAGUUUAGUCGAGCUCUAUGAGUCUUAUAGAGACGAGUCCUUCCAGGCGUCUCGCAUGUCAUUGGACGAUUUGAAAAACAAAUUUGGCGAGUUGGGAACGAAGACUGAUCUCAUUCCAGCCCGUGGUGCCGAUUCUGUGGUGACGACGCAAGAAGUUGCAGCGUUGCCCACGUCGCAAGAAAAGAGCGUUGCGGAAGAAGUCUUGGUAAAACUGAGACUACCGCUCGUUGAAAUCGACAACAAAUCGAACCCCCGCUUCCAACAGUUGUUGCAGAGUGUUAAUGACGAUAUCCAAAAGAUCAAUGAGCAAUCCCUGGUUUUGCCCGAGGAUACUUACAACGCAGUGGGCGACGCGUAUUCCAAGUUGAACAGCGCUCUUCAAACCCUGGAACGCAGCUUCCAGAGAGAUCUUUCCGAAUCUCUGGCGACCCAAUACGGCGAGGCUUCCGAGGAACUCCGUAACCAGUACGAGCUGAGGUUGAAGACUCGCGAGGUCGAACUAACGGAACAAUUCUUGCAGGAAUUCAACGCUUUCAAAGCACAACUUGAAAUGCGGUCCUCGGAAGAGCUUUCCACAGCAUUGAGGGCAAACGAACAGGCUCUUCUAGCCAAACAGUCCAAUGAAGUGGCUCUUCUAUCCAUCAAACAAGUCGAAGAGUUCAACAAGAUUUUGGCCGAAAAGCUGGACAAGGAAAGACAAGGCCGUCUCUCCAAGCUGGAGGAGCUAGAUACCUCGGUCCGCGGCCUUACCGAGGCCAUCGACCAAGUUGACUCUCUUGUCAUGAGAAGCGAAGUCGUGAGCCAAUUGGCCUUGCUAACAUCCUUGUUGAAGAACAAGCUGCAGACGGGUUCCGACCACAGCGUGAAGCUGGACUCCGAGUUGGCGAGACUGAAGACCUUGUGGGACAUUCUACCCGGUAAACCUUCUAAAUGCUGCAAGUCCAAACAAGUCCAGCUACUAGACGUGGUGAUUCCCCAGCUAGACACACUCACGUCCAAACAACAAAUCUUGUCCAAUGAGCAACUUCACAACAGAUGGGAGUUGUUGCAGAAAGAUCUCCAGACUUCCUCUUUGCUUCCCCCCAACGCAGGUAUUUUGGGGCACGCUACUGCCAAGUUUUUCAGUCUGUUCCUGUUCCAAAAGAACGGUGUCUCCACCGACAACGAUAUAGACAGCGUGUUGGCUCGUGUCAGCUUAAACCUCACACUUUCGAAACUCGACCAAGCAGUGGAAGAGGUGGUCGCAUUGAAGGGCUGGCCUCGUGUCCUCUGCGAAGAGUGGGUCCAAGACGCCAGAAGAAAGCUUGAAAUAGAAACUCUCGUCGACGUUCUUGACUGCGAGGUCAGAAGUCUGUAA